CCCGCGCGCCUCCCUCCGCUCCCCCCGAACAUCCCGGGAACCUCCGGGAGCGGCCCCGCGGAGCGGGAAAGGGUGGUGGGGAGCGCUGGCUGCCUGCUGGGCGGCUCCCGGAGCGCCGGGGCUGCUCCCCUUAGCGCGGCUCAGCUCCUGCCGUGUCCGGGCCUUCCUUUACCCCCGGCGGGAUGUGCUGUGUGUGACCCACUGAAUCUGAGCCAAAUCCCACGUUUUGGGCGAAGUGUUUCGGGGGACAAGGGCGGGUGAUCGCGGUUCUCCGUGAGGGUAGCGUGAGGAGCAGCUCGCCAUGCCCACGGUGGUGGUGAUGGACGUGUCCCUGUCCAUGACCCGGCCCGUGGCCGUGGAGGGCUCCGAGGAGUAUCAGCGCAAGCACCUGGCGGCCCACGGGCUCACCAUGCUCUUCGAGCACAUGGCCACCAACUACAAGCUGGAGUUCACGGCCCUCGUGGUGUUUUCAUCGCUCUGGGAGCUGAUGGUGCCCUUUACGAGGGACUACAACACGCUGCAGGAAGCCCUGAGUAACAUGGAUGAUUAUGACAAAACCUGCCUGGAGUCAGCACUGCUGGGGGUUUGCAACAUUGUCCAGCAGGAAUGGGGGGCAGCAAUUCCAUGCCAGGUUGUCCUUGUCACCGACGGCUGCCUGGGCAUCGGCCGCGGCUCCCUGCGCCACUCCCUGGCCACGCACAACCAGCGCAGCGACAGCAACCGCUUCCCGCUGCCCUUCCCCUUCCCGUCCAAGCUCUACGUCAUGUGCAUGGCCAACCUGGAAGAGCUUCAAAGCACAGAUUCCUUGGACUGCCUGGAAAGGCUCAUUGAUUUAAACAAUGGGGAAGGGCAGAUUUUCACCAUUGAUGGCCCCCUGUGCCUGAAGAAUGUGCAGUCAAUGUUUGGAAAGCUGAUAGACCUGGCUUAUACACCAUUCCAUGCUGUUCUCAAGUGUGGCCACUUAGCAUCUGAUGUGCAAGUAUUUCCCAGACCUGAGCCUUUCAUUAUAGAUGAGGAGAUAGACCCCAUUCCUAAAGCAAUUAAUACAGAUCUAGAAAUUGUUGGGUUUGUAGACAUAGCUGACAUUUCCAGCCCUCCUGUCUUGUCCAGACACUUGGUACUGCCCAUUGCACUUAACAGAGAAGGGGAUGAGGUGGGACCUGGGAUCACAGAUGACACCGAAGAUGAGAAUUCAGCAAAUCAGAUUGCUGGGAAAAUCCCCAACUUCUGUGUUUUAUUACAUGGCAGCCUCAAAGUGGAAGGCAUGGUGGCUGUCGCCCAGUUGGGGCCAGAGUGGUAUGGAAUGCUUUAUUCACAAGCUGAUAGCAAGAAGAAAUCAAACCUCAUGAUGUCACUCUUUGAGCCUGGUCCUGAGCCCCUGCCAUGGCUGGGGAAGAUGGCACAGCUUGGCCCCAUUUCAGAUGCAAAAGAAAAUCCUUAUGGGGAGGAUGACAACAAGAGCCCUUUCCCCUUGCAGCCCAAGAACAAGCGCAGCUACGCCCAGAAUGUCACAGUCUGGAUUAAACCAAGUGGCCUCCAGACAGAUGUACAAGAUCUUGAGAAAUGCAAGGAAACUCCCUGAAAAACUCAGACCUUCUAUAAAGAGCUGAACCGUUUGCGGAAGGCAGCGCUGGCCUUCGGGUUCCUGGAGCUGCUGAAGGGCGUGGCGGACAUGCUGGAGAGGGAGUGCACCCUCCUCCCCGACACCGCCCACCCCGACGCCGCCUUCCAGCUCACCCACGCGGCACAGCAGCUCAAGGUGGCGAGCACCGGAGCCUCGGAAUACGCCGCCUACGACCACAACAUUGCCCCUCUGCAGACAGACUUUUCCAGCAGCAGCACUGAAAGGAUGUGAAGCCUCCAUUU